AUGGAUGACCACUAUUGGACCCAACUUAGGAGUAAGGAUGCCUUUGGUCUUGUGGGCCAUUCGGCAGAUGUAAGUUUGGCUAGAUUCGUGACCAAGGAGUGGGUUCUUCUUGCAGCUUGGGUGUCUAGAGCAAAUCAUGGCUCCUCCGUCUUGAGUUGGUUCCAAGUCCUGAGCAAGAUGUCUGAGAGUGAAGAGGCCAGUGAGUAUGUUUGUUCUGAAGAGGAGAGUUCCCAGACAGAUAGUUUUGUAGAAGGGCUUAUAGAAGCUAGGAUGGGAGUUCAUAAGGGUGAGAUGGCUGGGCCAUCAAUAGAGUCUGGGUCAGAGGCAUAUAGGAAGAUGCAGAAGAAGUAUAAAGUGUUAGAAGCCAGUGUUGAUCGGGUUCUAGCCUUGGCACAUACACCGGAGGUGGGCUCGAGCAAUCAGACAUCACCAUCAGAGUCUGUGGGUAUAGCCAUGGUUUCAGCUUCAGAGGGGGUGGACAUCCGGGUUGGUGUCCCAUUGGGAAAUCGGAAUACACUCACAGAAGCCAAGUUGGUUGAGCUUCGGACAGAUUAUAGUGUGCCAUCCUAUGUGGGCCUGAGGUUACCUAGUGCUGCGGAUGUAGUGAGAUAUCCUCCGGAGGGUUCAGUGAUGAUAUUCACCGAUAUGUACCAGCAUGGUCUCAGACUACCGUUUCAUCCUUGGGUACAGAUGAUGCUGGCCAAGUUGGGGUAUGCGCCGGGGCAAUACAAUCCCAACUUUUGGCUACUUCUGCAUGGAGUUUACAUUGCUUGGUGGUUGGUUGGGUUGGGGGAGCCAACAUUUGAGCAGUUUAUGUACUUGUAUUCGAUCUCCAAGCAACAGGGGACCUUUGGCUGGCUAAAGGCGAUUCUUUUACUUUGCAGGGAUCUUCUUUACAAGCCAGUUGUAUUAGGCUGCGGCCACAUUUCAUGUUUCUGGUGUGUCUUCAAUGCCAUGAAUGCUGUUCGUGAGUCCUAUUGUGCAGUUUGUCGGCGCCCAUAUAAUCAUUUUCCUAGUAUCUGUCAGUUGCUGCAUUUCUUACUCCAGAAGUUGUAUCCCGAAGCAUAUAAGCAACGGGAAAAACAAGUGAGAGAAGAGGAAAAGGAAUUUGGUUACUUCUCACCUCAAUUUGAUAAUCCAAUAUCUGGAUCACAUCCUACUGAGGAGUCAAAUAUUCUGGACAAUGUUCAGUCAAAGAACUCUGAAAGUUGUUCGUCUGGGGUAGGAGGAUCUCCUUCACUUGUAAAUUCACCAGAAACUACGUUAGAUGAUGAAGCUAAUAGUAAAAGGCCUACAACAUCUUUAAAGAAUAUUGAAGCUACUGGAAAUGCGGCCAUCAAAGAAGACUGUUUGCAUGAUAGUGGUCCUGAAAAUGGAACUCACAAUAAGGUUUCUGUUUCUGAUCUACUGUGUGCUGCAUGCAAGAACCUGCUCUUUCAACCUGUUGUUCUCAAUUGUGGCCAUGUAUAUUGUAAAUCCUGUAUCAACAUCCCAGUUGAUGGAGUUUCCAGGUGUCAUAUUUGUCAAAGCAUGCAUCCGAAUGGAUUCCCUAGUGUUUGCUUAAUUUUAGAACAUUUCUUGGAGGAGCAAUAUCCUGAAAUAUAUGCACAGAGACAAUCAUCUUCAAUAAAACAAGCUGAUUUGCAUGCUCAUCAACGUGCUGGCCAGCCAGUGUCAACGCUUUCUGAUGAUUACUUAUCCGGCUGGUCUGGGAUUGGGCAGAAAGUUCAUUUUGCAAUUGGUUGUGAUUGCUGUGGGAUGUCUCCAAUUAUUGGGGAGAGGUACAAAUGUAAAGACUGCGUGGAGAAAAUGGGUUUUGACCUAUGUGGAGCAUGCUAUAAUGCUCCUUUUAAGAUCCCUGGACGAUUCAAUCAGCAACAUAAACCAGAGCACGUGCUUGAGCUUGUACCACCACAGAUAAUACCUGUGCUUCACUACCAGUCAGAUGAAGAUGGUGCCGAAUUUCAGGAAGACCUAGAAAAUAUCCCCGCUGCUCCCAUUCCACAAGAUCUUGAGCUUGUACCACCAGAGAUAAUGGCUAUGCUUUCCUACCAGUCAGAUGAAGAUGGUGCCGAAUUUCAGGAAGAAUUCCGCAAGAUCCAGAAAAUGGCCCUAACAAUGUGCCAAAUGUUUGUCCUGCCUUUGUAA